AUGGCCGCCCUUCCAUCCAGGCCCUCCCUCCGCUCGUCCAAUCGCAACAAUACAAUCCUCAAUGAAGUACCUCCGACUCAUGCCGACCAAAACCCGCUGGCCAAUUCACGACGCGGAAAGCGCACCCGCGACUCAUCACUCGCCAGUCACAGCAACACUUCUGUCAAGAGGCUGAGAUUGGGACUGCCAGAUCCUACACGUUCAAGAGAUGUCUCCAAAACAUAUGCAUCCAAGUCACUCCCAAUUCGCGACAGGUCCGCAACGCAAGAUGCCCUGACACAGGUGGGGAGGUCGCGCAAGCCAGAUCCUCCGCAACCCAUCAAUGGCACCAAUACCGCAAUACAAAAUGCACAAUCCUUCAACAACAAUGCUACCCUUACCGUCAAUACCACAUACGUCUCCAGCCAAAAUGACAGGAGAAGUCUCAGGUCGCAUGAUGGAUGCUCGCGAUCGAAGAGCGAGCUUGCAUUGUACUUCCCCAACUACGAUGAGUUGGUGAGCAUUGAGCCAAAGGAACCCGAGUUCCUGACUCCGGAGACCCUCAUUCACAUCACAGACGACCCCGCAAAAGCUGCACCAUCCGCUUCAACCUUCAAGAAUGCCAAUACCAUCCUUCCAAUGACUUCCAAAGGGAAUACUACCAUGUUCAAUGGCUGUUCCCAAGCGUUUACAUUAUCGGAAGAGACCUUCACCACCCUCAACGACGCUACGAGGAUUGAUCUCUCAGCCAUGGACAAGCGAAAUUCCACUCGGGAUCAAAUGAGUGAUGUCGUGUACCUGAAGGCCCACCGGCGAGCAGAAAGGCAGGAAAAGCAGCUUCGCAACAUUGAGAAAGAACGGGCAAUGCACGAAAAGGUCCAGCUUGAGCGGCUCUUAGAUGGCUUAAAAGGACACGACUGGCUACGAGUCAUGGGUAUCAGUGGCAUCACGGAUGGUGAAAAGAAGGCCUAUGAGCCCAAACGUGACUAUUUCAUAAAGGAAGUCCUAAUACUGCUUGAGAAGUUUCGGGAAUGGAAGGAGGAGGAGAAGCGGCGGAAAGUGGAAAAGGAGGAAUCGAUGCUAGAUGAAGACGAAGAUCAAGAGGAGGGUGGGUCUGACGAGGACGGCGAAAGCGAUGAUGAUCCACCCGAUGACCCCGGUGCCGAAGCCGCUGCAAUACAACUGCAUAGAGAACCUACAUCGGCUACAAAAGCACCAUCCGGGAAGAGGUCACACCGUGCAAAAGCGCCCUCUACGCCGCCUUUCCAGAAGCCGUUCACAUCUUUCUACUCCAAACCGUACCUUCGAGACGCGGCAAUUGGGAAGCAUCGACGCGGGAGAGCGAGAUUCGCCUUCGGACAGCCAUUGCCUGAACUGGUCGACCAGGACUUUGGUUUACCAGAGGAUAUUCUGUCACCUGAAGCUAUCGAUGGUAAGCAGCAGUAUGCCAAGGAAAAGGACUCGAGGGCCUUGAAGUUUCGGUACAUCGACAGUCGUGGUCCCGAUUGGUCCGCGCUUAGCCUCGGCAUUAGCGCUUGUUUACAUGCGACCAUUGACAAUGGAGUCAUGCUUCUUAAUGACUGGCAUCAAAUACUCUCCCGAACCUCAAACCGCCCAGAAAUGAAUCUCAGUCCGCCAGUGCAUAACAUGGAGAACGAAAUAGCUCUACCUGAGCGACAUGGGGCUUCGAUUACUGCGAGGGACCUUCCAGACGCUCAAGUAGAGCCCGACAAUAGCAACACAAAUCCUAAAGCGCCAGCAGACAACGGCAAACCUCCCAAGGCUAGAAAAGAAAAGGCUCCCAAGACCCCCAAACCACCCAAAGGCCCUACGCCUCCAAAGGGGAAGAAGGAAACGGCAGCCAAGCCCUCGGUCGAAGAUCCUGAAUCCAUGUUCAAAGUUGGGUUCCUUUCCGAAGUAUACCAAGAGAGGCCAGUAGGACCCGAGGGCAUAAGCAAAGUUAUAACGCGCUUUCCCCCAGAGCCCAAUGGCUUCCUCCACAUUGGUCAUAGCAAAGCAAUUGCAAUCAACUUCGGCUUCGCAAAGUACCAUGGUGGUGAAUGCUAUUUACGCUUCGAUGAUACAAAUCCUGCGGGCGAGAAGAAAGAAUAUGACGACUCGAUUGAAGACACUGUGAGAUGGCUGGGCUUCAAGCCGGUUAAAACCACGCACUCCAGUGAUAAUUUCGAUCGACUAUAUGCGCUAGCUGAAGCUCUGAUCGAGAAAGGUGGUGCAUAUGUCUGUCAUUGCACAAAAAGCGACAUCGUUGAUCAACGCGGCGGAAAGAAAGGAGAGAAGCCUCGCUAUGCUUGCUCGCACCGUAGUCGUCCGACUUCCGAGAGUAUGUACGAGUUCAGAGCAAUGCGGGAUGGCAAGUACAAGCCUGGCGAGGCGGCUCUACGAAUGAAGCAGAAUCUCGAAGAUGGUAAUCCGCAAAUGUGGGAUGUGUUUGCAUAUCGCAUUCCUGCGAAGAAGAAAGACGAGGAAGAUGAAGAGGACGAAGAAGAAUUACGCGAAAAUGAUCCAAGAGAGACUGGGGCCAACGGAGCAGAAAGCGAUGAGGUGCAAUAUGCCGGCCCACAUUAUCGUACGGGCGACAAGUGGAAAAUCUACCCAACUUAUGAUUUCACGCAUUGUUUAUGCGACAGCUUCGAGGGUAUCACGCAUUCGCUGUGUACAACAGAAUUCGAGCUUUCAAGGGUGUCGUACGAUUGGCUCAAUAACGAGUUGGACGUUUACAGACCAAUGCAAAGAGAAUACGGUCGCCUAUCAGUCAGUGGCACCAUUCUUUCCAAACGAAAAAUCCACGAACUGGUCAAAAAGAGACACGUUCGAGCCCGCGAUGACCCUCGCCUCUACACCCUCCCUGCCCUCCGGCGCCGUGGUGUUCCUCCCGGUGCGAUUCUUUCUUUCGUGAAUGAGCUAGGCGUCACUAAAGCAGUUACAAAUAUCGAAGUGAAACGCUUCGAGACUUCCGUGCGCCGGUAUCUGGAAGUGACCGUUCCACGCCUGAUGUUAGUGCUUGAUCCGGUCAAGGUGGUUAUUGACAAUUUGCCUGACGAUCAUCUGGAGAUGGUCGACUUGCCAUUUUCGAAAGACCCGGCUAUGGGGGUGCAUACGAUCCCAUUUACCAAAACUGUCUACAUUGAACGCAGCGAUUUCCGUGAAGUGGACUCACCGGACUACUUCCGCCUCGCUCCAGGCAAAACCGUCGGUUUGAUGAAAGCUCCCUUCCCCAUCACAGCCACCUCUUUCGAGAAAGACCACUCCACCGGAGAGAUAACCCUUAUCCACGCCACCUACGAGAAACCAGCCGAUGGCUCCGCCCCAAAGAAACCAAAAAGUUUUAUUCACUGGGUCGCUUCUCCCCCAGAUCAUGACAGUCCAAUUAAAGCAGAAGUUAGAGUUAUAAAUCCGCUUUUCAAAUCCGAUAACCCGGCUGCGCAUCCGGAGGGCUUUUUGAUGGACAUCAACCCGGAUUCCGAGGAGAUCUUCCCCAAUGCGAUGAUUGAGAUGGGGAUUGAGGAAAUUAGAAGGAGGGCGCCGUGGCCGGCUGAGGCGGGCGAGAAGGAGAUCGCUGAUGAAGCUAAGAUGUAUGAAGAACAUGCGAAAAGUGAUGCGAGCACAACGCCAGGCAGUGUCGAGGCGAAUGGUGGGCACUCUGUAAAAGUGGCUGCGAGGCCGGAGACGGUCAGGUUCCAGGGAAUGCGGAUGGGUUACUUUUGCGUGGAUAAGGAGAGCAGUGCUGGGAAAUUGGUGUUGAAUCGGAUCGUGAGUUUGAAGGAGGAUACGGGCAAGGAUUGA